AUUUGAGCUAAUAACGGUAGUGGCUGUCCGGAGGCUCUUUGAAUUGUUUGUGUACAUUUGAAUUGAGCGGAAAAUCGGAUCUAGAUGUCAAAAUAAGAUAAACAAGAAUCACAGAACUUGUGGAAGCCAUUGGAUCUGCUUCCACCUGGAACGUGCAAAUCGACAGGUGGCCAGGCUUGGUUUAAAUUCAAUUUAACGUAAUUUGGAUUGUCUAAUUGCCGUUAUAAUUUAAUUCUAUCGUCUCCAAUGUGUGCUCUGUACUCUCAAGCAGAACGUUUGGCUAUCAGAUGGUGGCAUUUACCAUAACUCAUUAAAGGCAUGUAUAUUAAAAUACUCUUGGAAAAUCUAAAUGUUGAAAAUAAUUUUGCUACAAACACACAUACCUCACAAAAAAUAAUAAUUAACGAUCUCGUUGUGCACUUUAUCCUUAUCAACGAGGUUAUACAAAACGCAUAUAGUUCACACGUUCAGCGUUAGGUUAUACAAAACGCAUAUAGUUCACACGUUCAGCGUUAGGUUAUACAAAACGCAUAUAGUUCACACGUUCAGCGUUAGGUUAUACAAAACGCAUAUAGUUCACACGUUCAGCGUUAGGUUAUACAAAACGCAUAUAGUUCACACGUUCAGCGUUAGGUUAUACAAAACGCAUAUAGUUCACACGUUUAGCGUUAGGUUAUACAAAACGCAUAUAGUUCACACGUUCAGCGUUAGGUGUCGGAGCUGUGUUGAUUUUUAUUCGCAGAAUUAAAAUUAAUCAAACAUGUUUGCUCUCUGCGUGCUAUUGAUUGUCUAUAUCGUUUGUCAUGUAUAACGCGCAAAGGACAUACUCUCUACCGUGCAUCUAUUUAUCGAGCCGCCAAUGUCUUUGGUACUACCUCUGUAAACACUUGGGGAAUAGUUGGGUUGGCGUCCUUUAGAAGUGGGCGUCACAAACCUGUUAGCCUCGAUGAAAGAAUACAAAUGUGACAGCACUGAGAUUCAGUGUGCAUUCCAAGAUUCCCACUCUGAGACGCCGACCGUUACGAGGGCUGAAGCUCCCCCAGGCCAAACAGUCAAACCUCACGAAAAGAGCAAAAGCCAAGCUAUCGAUCAAGACAUGGCAAACAACAAGGUUAGCGCCGAAAACCUCGUCCCUGAACCUGGAUUUCUUCAGGAGCGGAGGGGUAAAAGAAUUUGGCAGAUUAUUAGCAUGGUUAUUUUGGUCUUUGCUGUUGUUAUGCUUGCUUUAUUCAUUUGGCAGUUGUCAAAACAGUCCGCCAAGAGCCCAGUAUCGGAGAGAACCCAAGGCAAUGAUGACAGCGUUUGGCCUGCCAUUAAGAAGUGUCCAAUUCUCCCACCACUAGUAUCGCUACCCCGAGACCUACCGAAAGAUUUGAAUCAGUCACUUGUAAGAAUUGAAGACUACUUGAAAAAGCUUGUGAAUCCGCAGAGUCAGCUCCCUGCAAUCUCUGCAACUAUUUACUACAAAGACAAGGUUCUAUGGAUUGGACACUACGGGACAAAAAUUGCGGAAAAUAAAACCCCUCCGAAUGAUGAUACUCGGUACCGGAUCGGUAGCAUAACCAAAGUUUUUCCCGUGAUAAUGUUAUAUAAAAUGUACCAAGAUGGAUUGAUCGAUUCAUUAGACGACCCACUGAGUAAAUAUGCCCCCGAUUUCCAUAUGAAUAACCCAUUCACGGAAGAGAAUAUAACUUUACGACAAAUAGCUAACCAGUUAUCCGGGCUCCCUCGCGAGGCCCCCUGCGGCGCGUGCUUAAAUGAAACGACUUCCAGUAAGCAGCUCGCCCUGCUUCGUAACCGAAGCCUUGUGGUUGAGCCAGGGACAGUGCCGUCCUACAGCAACCUCGGAUAUGCUCUGCUAGGAAGGUUGCUGACGGAGAUGCCAAAAGUAAACAUGACCUUCGAGGAUUGGACUCGGAACAAAAUUUUAAUCCCUCUGGGAUUAAACAACACGGGGUUCCGCAUCGACAAAGAGGUUGAGCAGGAUAUGGCGCCUUCUUACAACUCCUUGGGGAAUCGCGUGCCCUUCAUGGACAUUAAAUGGCUAGCCCCUGCUGGACAAAUGUACUCGAGCCCGCGGGAUAUGGCUUUGUUCGGGAUGUAUCUGAACGCAGCAAAGAAACAAUCAGUUCUGCAAACGAAGUACUUGAGGGAGAUCUUAUCACCGUCGGACAUAGCGCCUGAUGGGCAGACUUUGUGGGGAAGUCCGUGGGAGAUGAUCUUUCAUAAGAAUUUCCUCGUCCGAGGCAAGGGGGGUACAAUUGACAGCUAUUCGGCUAUGGUGAGCGUUGUCCCUGAAAUCCAGCUCGGCUUUAAUGUGUUCAUUAAUGCUGCAUACCAUUUCAAGGAAGGCGCCCUCAUCGCUAAUACUAUUUUGGAUUAUGUAUACAGAGAAUUUUUACCCGUGUUUAACAGAACAUUAUUCGAAGUAGGCGGCAGGUUAAAGUUCAAUAACGCAACGAUGUAUAUCGGUACUUACAACAUUACAAAGACAAGCGAACUUACUGGAGAAAUUGAAUCAAAGUACCAAGCGACAAUCGACGAUCACAACUACACCUUACUUUAUACUGAAAAUAACAAGAAAACAUUCUUAUAUGACACUGAAGUCCCUUUACUUCUAAGAGCAGCUAAAGAUACAAGCAGCUGUCUAGAAUCACAACUCGGCAAUCGUGCUCAGUUUUAUUUUUCGCCCGCUGUUGAAGGUGUGUCUCCCGGAUUUUUAGUGCCGGGAUGGGGCAUCACUGGGGUACGGGUGUAGGAGGUAGUCUCCCGGGGUUUCCUUGCCUGGAUGGGGGAUCAGGGGGGAACGGGUGUAGAUGGUGGGUCUUCCGGGUUUUCAGUGCCGGGGUGGAGCAUUGCUGGGGUACGGGUGUAGGGGGUAGUCUCCCGGGUUUUCCUUGACGGGAUGGGGGAUCAGAUAAGUACGAGUGUAGGAGGUAGACUACUGGGUUUUCAGUGCCGGGGUGGGGGAUCAGGGGGGUAUGGGUGUAGAUCUUGAUCUCCAGCACCUUUUGGAGCGGAUAGUAGAAAUGGGCAUGGAACUGACAGAAAGUUAUAGGGCGGAGAGAAUACGUAGUUGGGUAAAUUAUGCGCUGGCUUAUCGAGCACGUGUCAGGGCAUGGUAAAGGGUGUACAGCAUUGAUUUAUAUCAGUUAUCACGUCAAAAUCUUCAAUUAUUACGCCGUUACAGAUUAGAGAUAUCGUAUUCACAUAAAAUAUACUAUCUAAUCAUCAGUGAUUUGCGUGGUCUACUAUUUCCGGUGUAAGCGCGACCCCCUCUUGGCCGUCAAAAAGUGGGUCAUGUCUUAUUGGGGAUAUUCUCAAAUACUAUCCUAUUUUCAUAGUAUACCUACUGCGCACUACAUCCCCCCCCCUACCCCUCUCGGUACACCCAUGGUCCUUUUUGCACGAAGCAUAUAAGCGAGCCCCAGCAAUAUUUACUAACAACUAUAUUUUGGACAUUCACUUCCUAAAAUGACGAGCUAUGCAAAGCAAGCAACCUAAAAAUAUACAUAAAGUAAAAAUAAAUACCUCCCCAGGAGACUCAACAAUGUACUCGCAAAAGACGCAACAACCAAGUACGAAUAAUAUUUGAGAUUUUCAAGAUUUUAUUUUAUUAGUAGAAUGAACGCCUAAUUCUAACUCCACAUGUCUACUUCAAACCAAGAAUCGCAAACCGCAAAAGCGCACAGGAAAACGCACAGAAACCGCU